AUGGAGGCUUCGGAUGGCCCUGCACAAGCAGGGAGAUCUUCCAAGCGCCCGGCAGAGCAAGAGGGGCCCCCCCAGCUUCAAGUGGAGCAGCAGGCCAACCCGCAAAGAGCCUGUCGGCGGGGCAGCCGUCGCGCCCUUGGCACGGUCCGACGGGGCCAGGGCGCCCAGGCCCGGCUCAAGCAAGCAAGCGCUGGCUGCCCGCUCGCCCUCUGCCGGGCUCUGAAAGGGCUUCUGUAUCGUGAAGGGGGGGGAUCUAGCCCUCCCCUCCCCUGGGCGCGCACCAGGAGCUUCGCGGGCCAAGCCAAGCGCGGCUUCCUGAGCAGCGUCCGGGAGAGGAAACGCCGCCAGGAGCAGCAGCAACAAGGGAGGUCGCGGCCGGUAAAAAUAACCGGGCUAUAUAAGGGCUGCCCAGGAUCCCCUCGCUCGCUCGCUCGCUCGUGCACGGAGGAGAAGGCGGCGCAGCGCUGGCUGCAGGCGAAGGCAGCGGCCGCCGAGGGCCGGGCAGCGGGGCAGGUGCCUGGCGAGGGGGCCCGACCGGCAAGGCUGCCCGCCUGCGUUCUCCUCCGUGGAGAGGGCGCGGGCGCGUGGGCCGCCGCACUGGAGCACCCCGGGUCCCGGCGCCAGUCCAUGGUAUGCUCAAAGCUCUCCAACACCACAUUUCAAAGCAGGCCCAGCCAGCCGCUGAUUCACACUUCCACGAAUUCAAGCCGGGAACAGGCCGGCCAAGGCAGGUGCUGCCAACUCCAUCACUGACUCAGCUCUCGGUGCCACGACACAAGCCCAGCCUCCCAAGGAUGGAGGGGCAGCGCUUCAUGAGGCCUUCACUGCUCUUUGGCCUCCAGUGCUUCUUGGCACGCCAGCCUGCUCUUGCAAAACGGGCUUCCAAGCUGCAGCCGGUACAGAACUUCUGCACCUCCCCUGACGGUAGGUGCAAGUCAAAGCGAGCGCCAGUCACCUUAGCACAGUGUUUGGUCACUGUGAGGCCAAGUGACGGAGCAGCGUCUCUCCGUAGUGACUGGCUCAGUUCGAAACAUCCCGCUGAUGUGGGAUCUGUGUUAAUGGAGCUCUCAAAGGUGUUUCUUUUCCCUCUGACAAUGCUAGGCUCUCAGGCAGGCAGUGGGUUUAGAACAGGGAGAAGACAGGCCGCCUUCAAGCAGAUGCACAGUGGAUUACCCAGGAACUGCCUUAGUAUAGCUAGCUCAGCACAGUCUGUGCUGAUUGGCAGUUUCAGGCCGGGGGUCUCUCCCAGAGACACCAGGAAGUGAACCUGGGGCCUUUGCAUGCAGUGCAGAUGCUAUACCACUGAGCUGCAGCCUGUCCCUUCUAUGGUGAUGGCCACUGGCACAGGUGACUUUCAAAGGGGCUCAGACACGUUCAUGGAGAACCUCCAUGCACAGAGGUAGCAAAUCUGGGAAUGUCAGGUGCUUCUGGGAAUGGGGAGAGGUGUGGCCUUACUGCCCUGACUGUCAAGUCCCCAGGUGGCUCUAUCUGGUCAUAAGAAGAUAGGAAGUUGCCUUAUCCCAAAUCAGAUCAUUGGUCCAUCUAGCUAUAUAAGGGCUCCCCAGGAUCCCCUCGCUCGCUUGUGCACGGAGGAGAAGGCGGCGGUGGUGCAGCACUGGCUGCAGGCAAAGUCUACACUGACUGGCAGCAGCUGUUCCAGGUUUGAGGCAGGGACUCCCUCCUAGUCCUACCUGGAGAUGCUGCCAUCUCUCUAUUCCAGCAAGCAAGAGGCAUUAUUGCAGUCCAAGGGUACCUUCAAAUCAGGCAAAAACUGGGAGGAAGGGCGGGAUAUAAAUCUAACAAAUAAAUAAAUAAUAAAAUCAGUCAAGGAGGACACAGAGAAGGGGUGUGGCCUGGGAGAGUCUCGGGGGAGUCCUGAUGGCAUAAGUUUCAUUGCCCCUGCUUAAGAACCUAAGGAGACCACUGCAGUGCUGGAUUGGGCCACGGGGACCCACCUAGUCCAGGCUCCUGGUCUCACAGUGGCCAUCCCGAUGCCCCAAAGGGGAAAGCCCCCUGAGCAGGACCAGAGGUCCGCAGCAGUGCCUAGUGCAGUGGAUCCAGAUCAUAGCGUCGUGGCUAGUAGUCACGGAAAGGCAUGCACAUGCAGCUGCACAACUGAGGGCCACAAUAUUUGUCUGUAGCCAUGAAGAUGUGAGACAGCUGUGCUGAGCACACUCUCCCAUCCCAAAAAGGGCCAAUGAUCAGUGCCUGGGCUGAGUCAUGCAGCAGCAGCAGAGGAAGAGGCAGCCUCUUCCACCAAGGAGAGUUGAGAGUGUUUCCCUGGUGAAGAAGACCUUUCACUGACAGCAACUGACUGACAGCGAGGGAUUACACAAGUGUGACAUUGCAAAAGCAUGACUCACUCUGCUCCGUGCACUGGGAGUUAGGCAGGGAGGCAGUUGCUCUGCCUGUGAACUUUUACAGGCAAGCCUCUGAACACACAUGAUGUCAGCUAAACCACUUGCAGCGCCCAGAGGAGUUGCCAGUUGCUAUAGGAACGGUGGUGUUUUCCUGGAGUACAGAGCCAGAGAUAUCAUGCCCCAGCUGUGGAUCCUUUAAUUCAUUCAUUUAUUUAUUGGAAUUAUCGCUCUUCAACUUGCAGUCACAGGGCGGUCCAAAGAAAUAAAACAAGUGCAAACUUAAUUUUUUAAAAAAACUGUACCAAAUUAAAAUUGCAACAUAAAAGAGCAGCAUCAUAAAACAGCACAACAGGGGAAAACUCAUCCCACUCAUCUAAAGCAGGCCCUCCGCCUGCCCCCUCAAACAUUGGUGCACCUAGCGGUCCUCUAAAGGAAUAGCAAGAGGGAGCAAAGGUGCACCUCAGCAGGAGAGAAUUCCAUGUAGGUGGAGCCGCCACUGGAGUAUGGGACAAACAAGGUCAUAUUUAUAUAGGAUGGAGCAAAAUCAACAUGUAAGAAAAUAAAAUCUGUUUUUGAGUUAUUAUUGGAAAAGAAUAAGAUUGGGAGGUUUUCUAAAAUAUUUGAUGGCUGAGAGAUACUGGCCAUGGCAACCUCGAGAUUAGUAACUAUGAAGUUAUAUGAUUGCUUUAAAAUGUCCUCAAUUGUUUUUGCAUGUUUUAAAUAAGUUACUUAACUUUAAAUUGUAUUGUUUUAACAUUUUGAUGUUUGCUGCU